AUGGCGGAAGCUUAUCAAGACGACUUGAGCUGACUUCAUUUCCUGGAUAACUUGACAUUGUCAUUGCUGAUUUUAUCCUUUGUGUGGGACCACAGUUACAGUCUUGGCUAAGCUAGAUUUCUCUUUAUCAGUAACAGUAUUCCAAGGAGACAGUUUUUCUUGGGGAAAAAUAGCAAGAUGUCGAAAUCCUUCCAUUGCUGGGAACUCUUGACAGCAUUAAUCUGGACAUCUCUGAUCGCAUGUCCAGUUUUCGCGAUCGAGUCUAACACUCUGCGGCCAGAUUUCGGCAUAAUUGAUAACCCUCCUUUCUGCAAGUGCAGCGAGUUUGCAUCGUGCACAAGAAAACCAUUCCAAGGACGAAAUGAUUAUACCAAAGAGGUAAUCGUUGUGUCAAAUGACAAGCAUACUUGGAAGAAAUGGAGAUGGGAUGUUGUGUCAACUGUAAUUAGUUCUGGAGAGCCGGACGUGGAGCUGAUGUGUUAUGCUCAUAAGCAAGGGAAAGGUUACGGUUUUAUAUCUCAUCUGAGUAAUUUUUCAUCAUUGAUGGAUGAUGGUAAAGACCUUGUAUGGAUCAGUACCACAGUCCAGAAAGCCCGAAACCUGUUUGCUGAUUACGUGUUACUUGACUUUUUGGAUAUCCUCGAUGAAGAAUCUCUGAACUUAACAAACGUGGCAAUUUUCUUAAAACAUUUCAGAUUCUCUCUGGACCAUCACGCUUAUGGUUCAAAGAUGCUCUGUUUGUUACCGUGGACUCCUGAUAAUUUUAAAGAACACAAGAGAUCUGUUCUAUAUAAUUUGGUGGAUAGCCUGAUGACCCACUGUGAGGGAUUUGUGUUAAAUUCCAAGAGUUUUAUCUCAACUUCUGAAGUCUGCAAAGCAAGACCACUCAUUCCAUUUACAAAACUUGUAUUAGGACUUGACGAGUAUGCCUCUCAUGGAUUUGAGCUGAAGAAGUUCUUCUUGGGUGUUCCAUGGCAUGGAUUUAACUACACAUGUAAAUCGUAUCAUAAGGAGAAGAACCAGUGUGACCUGAAGAAAAACAUGAGUGAUGGAUUACCAUGUGACUAUGACAACGCAAGGGAAGAGAUAACCCUGGGAGACUUGGUCAAGAAGUUUCCGGAUAAAGUGGAGUCUGUUAAGGGUCACUCGUGGGAAAAAUUUGUUAUGGCUCCAUACAUAGUACAUGAGGAUAAGGAAGAGGGAAGGAUGCACUUGCUGUAUUUUGAGGACUACCACAGUUUACUGCUGAAAUAUCAUCUGGUUCGAGACCUGGAGAUGUCAGGUGUUGUUAUCUGGAGUGGAGAUGAUCUGGCUUAUAGUAGCAAUGAUGCUGCGAUCAAAGAGUACGAAAAACUCACUUGGAAUUUGCUGCAUCAGUGGAUGACACAAGAGAAAAGGGAAUCCUAUAUAUCAGAUGAAAUGCGUUCAUUCCCAUCCCGAAUGGCAGGAGUUGGAGUUGGUUGUAUGCUGCUUGGUGUUUUGCUUGGGUUUGUGUUUGGCAUCAUCGUGUGUGUGCGCCGACAGAGGAAACUGCUCCAUCCUCCAUUCACCAAGGACAAAACCCAGGAGUUCUUAGAUGAAGAUCCAGGCAUGUAAACUACAGCUGUCAUCUGGCACAAGGAGGGCCCAAUGCCUAUCACCUCUGGUGUACAUGUAGAUUUUAUAGGUAUAUGUACAUGCAGUGUUCAGGUGUUAAUACUUUCAUAUAAAUAAAUAUUAAGGGUGAACUCUGCCUCUUCCUCCUUGUUACUUUUUGGAAAUUUUAUGAAAGUUUUCAUUUGACCACAAAUUCUUUUUCCAAACUGUUUGCCACAAAUUUAUUUUAUUAAACACAAUGCCCAUAUUUUUGUAUAAAACACUUGCACAGCUGAUGGCAUUUGCCAUCCAUGUUUGAUGGUGUCUUCAAAAUUUGAUGUGUUUGAGUAGUUGUCUCUUCUUUUUGUGAUGAACAUAUAUACUCAUCUGCAAUUCAAACCUAUAUACACAUUUUAUGUUGAAAACUUUUGAAGUCAUUCCAAUUUCGUGUUCAUCUGUAAUUCUUGUACAUGUAAAUAUUGUGUUAAUACACACAUAUAAUGUUACAUGAGCUGGAAUAGUCUCUCCAGGUAGUUACCACUGAACAUCCAUAUAUUAAUCCAUAUAUUGAUAUAAUAUGACAUAUUGGUGUAUGGCUCCUGUUCAUGCUACAGUAGUUGUAGAUCUAUAUGUACAUGUGAAAGAUAACGUGUGUCUGAUUUUGCAGUUCAGGCUCAUAGGUAUUUGUAGUGUAAAUCAAAUUCAUCAUUAAGAUAAAUUUUGUGGAAAUUCUGAAGAUCAACAUUUUUAUUCUGUCAAAUUCUUAUUUCAACUUAGAAUAAAGCCAUUAUCACCCGUUGUUUUUCUAACUAUGACGCAUUUUUAGAAUGAUCUAAUAAGGAAUUAAACAUUGCGGAAUUUUCAUUAUACAUGUAUAUGGUAGAUGGUAGAGUGUGUUUACAUUGAGUGAAUGCUGUCACUGAUUGUUUGUUCAUCUUUUAUUUCUCAGCCAUCAUAGUUUUCUCAUGCAGUAUAAUAUAUGCAUAUC